AUGGACUCAAACACCACGUCCACAAGCACAAAGAGCAUCCUCGCACUGGGCUCAAUCAGCAGCCUAGUGGAAUCCUUCUUCCCCGGCGGCACAAGCCUCCCGUCGGUCGCAUUCCUUCUUUACCUCACACCCUAUCUCUUCCAAGCUGUUGGCAGCGCCGCAAAGUCACAAUUUAUCUCGAGUGUCGAGAUUAAAGCGCAUGAUGAGAUCUUUAACUAUGUCAUGAGCUGGGUUGCUCGUCAUAAGCUCUCGCGCAAUAACCAUCGUCUUUUGGCGUCGAGCACCCUGGACCAUGAGCCGUUUUCGUUGAUCCCGGCGCCGAGUAAUCAGACUGAUGGGGAUGGGGAUGAUGUGGAUGAUGUUGAUCCGACUGCUAGCCUCGAUGAGUUGAGAUCCAAGAUUUCGCUUUAUAAUGCGCGGCCUCUGCACUGGACUCCCUCUGUGGGCACGCACUUCUUCAUGUAUGAGAAUCGUCUGAUCUCAUUCACAAGAUCUGUCGAGAGUCAGGAAUCGUCCCCGUUUUCGCGGCGCCCGGAGAAGAUUGAGCUUUCAUGCCUCGGUAGGAAUGCCGACGUGCUCAAGCGCAUCAUUUACAAUGCGCGCAUCGAAUACCUCGAGAAACAACGAGGCCGUACAAGCAUCUAUCGAGCCGUGAAGACGUAUGGAGACGAACUCUCUUGGACGAAGUGUAUGUCCAAGCCGACACGACCUAUGUCCACCAUUGCACUUGACGAGGUGAUCAAGCAGAGUCUCAUCAAGGAUCUUUCGCGAUACUUGAACCCUCGUACUAAGAAUUGGUACGCCACGAGGGGUAUUCCCUACCGACGAGGCUACCUCUUCUCAGGCCCGCCCGGGACUGGAAAGACGAGUCUGACACUUGCCGCUGCUGGUCUCAUGGGCCUCAACAUCUACAUGAUCAGUCUCAGCUCGCCUAACCUCUCGGAAGAUAGUCUCGCAACGCUCUUCCGCGAUUUACCUCGGACCUGCCUUGUUUUGCUAGAGGAUAUCGAUGCAGCGGGCCUGACCAACAAGCGCAAGAAGCAGGAGACCCAAACAGACGGGCCGCCGAAGCCCAUGCGCGAACCUAUUUCUUUGUCAGGCUUACUCAAUGUUAUUGACGGCGUAGGCGCACAGGAAGGUCGCGUCCUAGUCAUGACGUCUAACCACACCGAAAACAUCGACCCGGCCUUGUUGCGCCCUGGAAGGGUCGACUUUUCUGUUGAAUUCGGCCUAGCAUCUUCUGAUACUAUCACCCAACUAUUCCGACUGAUGUACGGGACCUCCCACGACGAGGUUGGAUCGAUUGAACAUGCGACGGAAGCUUCAGAGAAGGUGGCCACAACAAGGUCUGUAGCUGCUUUGGCGGAGGAAUUCACAAGGUUAGUUCCGUCACUGGUGUUCAGUCCUGCGGCUAUCCAGGGGUAUCUACUUAUGCAUGAGGAUCCGAUUGGGGCUGUUGAUGCCGUCGGGAAGUGGGUUGAGGAGCAGCAGAGGUUGAUGGAGAAGGGUAGGGAUGAUGUUAUCGAGGCCGGGGAUGAGGGAGAAAAGAAGGAGACACUUGUGAAUGGCACAGAGGAGACCAAGGAAGGGGAGAAAUAG